AUGAGGGUGGCGGUGGUGGGUGCCGGCGUAACGGGGCUGUCCGCGGCGCACGAACUGGCGAGGAGCGGCGGCGCGCGGGUGACUCUGUACGAGAAGGAGCCAUAUCUCGGUGGAGAUGUUGCCAGGACCGUGGCCAUCGACGAUGGUGGUUGCGGUCCUGUCAACCUCGACCUCGGUCUCAUGGUCUUCAACCGGGUGACAAGCCCAAACAUGAUGGAGUGGCUUGAAGGGCUCGGGGUGGAGAUUGUGAGAUCGGACAUGUCCUUCUCAGUGAGCACGCUGCUAGACAGGAAUAGAGACUUUGAGUGGGGCACUCGCAAUGGCAUAUCCAGCCUCUUGGCGCAGAAGAUGAACUCGCUUAGCCCCAGCUUCUGGCGCGUGAUCGUAGAGAUAUUCAAGUUCAAGAACCAUGCUCUCAAGUACCUUGAGGACCUUGAAAGGAAUCCUGACCUUGACCAAAACGAAACCUUGGGGCAGUUCAUUAGUUUGUACGGCUAUUCGAAGCUCUUCCAGGAUGCUUACCUUAUUCCAAUGUGUUCGUGCAUCUGGUCCUAUCCGUCACAAGGAGUGUUAGGGCUCCCCGCUUCCUUUGUGCUCUCAUAUUGCCGUGACAAUCACCUUCUUGAGUUGUUUGGUCGCCCCCAGUGGCACACUGUGAAGGGCCGAUCGGAGUCCUACAUGAACAAGGUAAGAGAAGAGUUGAGGAGCAUGGCUUGUCAAAUUAAGACCAGCUGUGAAGUCAAGUCUGUUUCAAGUUUAGAUGGAGGUACACAUACUUUGACCGUGGUUGAUGGUUCAGAGGAGAUGUACGACCAAAUCAUGUUUAGCGUCCCUGCACCUGAUGCUCUAAAAAUACUUGGAGCUGAAGCAACACAUGAUGAAUUGAGAAUUCUAGGUGCAUUUCAUUAUACUAGCAGCGAUGUAUACCUCCACCGGGAUGCAAGUUUGAUGCCACGGAGGUCGUCGGCAUGGAGUGCCAGGAACUUUCUAGGGACAACAAGCAGGGGAGUGUGUGUUACAUACUGGCUAAAUCUGCUUCAGAACAUUGGAUCUGCCAGGCCUUUUCUCGUGACACUUAAUCCAACUCGUGUUCCCGACCAUGUAUUGCAUAAAUGGAAUACCAGCCAUCCAAAUCCUUCUGUGGCUGCUACAAAGGCUUCUCUUGAGCUCAAUUACAUCCAGGGAAAGAGAGGAUUAUGGUUCUGUGGGUCAUAUCAAGGCUAUGGAUUCCAUGAGGAUAGUGUGAAGGCUGGAAAAGCAGUAGCUGCAGGUUUACUUGGAAAGAAAUGUGACCUUCUGAUGAACCCAAAAGUGAUGGUCCCAUCAUGGACCGAGGCUGGGGCACGUCUUGUGGUAGCAAGAUUUCUCGAUCAAUACGUAUCCGUUGGUGGCUUGAGCUUGAUUGAGGAAGGAGGCACUACAUUCAGUUUUGGUAGAGCAUGCGAAAAAUGCCAUGUAAAGUCUGUCAUGCAAAUCCAUGACCCCCGGUUCUAUUGGAAGGUUGCAACAGAAGCAGAUCUUGGUUUGGCGGAUGCCUACAUUAAUGGCUAUUUCUCUUUUCCUGAUCAAAGAGAAGGCCUUCUAAAUCUUUUUCUGAUUCUCAUUGCUAAUAGAGAUGUGCACAAGAGUUCGACCAACAUCGCCAGCAAAAGGGGUUGGUGGACGCCUUUGCUUUUAACAGCUGGGGUUGCAUCGGCAAAAUAUAUUCUAUCACAUGUCUCGAGGAAGAAUACUGUAAAACAAUCUCGUCGAAAUAUCUCUAAACACUAUGAUCUGAGUAAUGAUUUCUUUGCCCUUUUCCUGGACCCGACAAUGAAUUAUUCUUCUGGUAUCUUCAAGGUGGAGGAUGAGAGCCUAGAAGCAGCUCAGCUACGUAAAGUUAGAGUUCUAAUCGACAAGGCUAAUGUGGAGCGAGACCAUCAUGUUCUUGAGAUUGGAAGUGGCUGGGGCACUUUGGCAAUAGAGGUGGUCAAGCGAACACGCUGUAAAUACACUGGGAUCACGCUGUCUGAAGAGCAACUCAAGUAUGCCCAGAGGAAAGUGAAAGAAGCUGGAUUGGAGGACCAUGUAACUUUCCUGCUGUGCGACUACCGUCAUAUACCAACUUGCCAUAAAUAUGAUAGGAUUAUAAGUUGUGAGAUGAUUGAACAUGUUGGCCACGAGUACAUGAACGGAUUCUUUAGCUCCUGCGAGUACCAUUUAGCAGAAGAUGGCCUGUUUGUCCUCCAGUUCAGUUCAAUCCCAGAGGAGCGAUACGAUGAAUAUAGGAGGAGCUCUGACUUCAUAAAGGAAUAUAUCUUCCCAGGUGCCUGCCUUCCUUCUCUGGCCCGAGUAACGUCUGCCAUGUCCAAGGCAUCAAGGCUCUGCAUAGAACAUGUUGAGAACAUUGGGUACCAUUACUACCCGACUCUGAUGCGCUGGAUGGACAACUUAACGGACAACAGAGAUAAAGUUUUGGCCUUAGGAUUUGAUGACAGGUUCAUCCGUACAUGGGAGUACUAUUUCAUUUACAGUGCAGCUGGUUUUAAAUCGCGCACGCUUGGAAAUUACCAGAUUGUAUUUUCUCGACCUGGAAAUGACAAGCUGCCCAACUAUGUGGUUGCCGUCGCCUAAUGUUCAGGACAUCGCGCAUCGCGCUUAUCCAUGCAUGUUUAUUUACAACAUACUUUCCUAGCAGA